GGUGGGCUUGUCCAAGUGACGCUUGCACAUCACAUUCUUCUUUUCAAUGCUCUUCCUGUGAGCAUUGUUCUUUUGUUUCUUUCUCCUCUCUCCACUUCCACCACUAGGGCCUGCCAGUGUCCUCUAUGUUGUCUUGUGCUCAUGGGUGGUGGAGGAUUGGGUUCCGUUCCUGUAGGUGGUGGGGCACUUGGUCCCGGUUGCUUCAUUUGGGCCAAGAACAUCAAGAAUGUCCCAAGGGCACAAUUGGCAAAAAUGAACUCCACAACCCUUCAAAAACAUGAAAAGAAACACAAGAGUACUUACCCAAGCAAGCCAUGA